CCGGCGACAAAAAAAAGUUCUUAAAAAUAUAUAGAACCAAAAAACCAUAAUAAAAAUAAUUACACCCAACUUCUUGCAUGGAAUAUAUUUCUCUCUCAAUAUUUGACUACUAAAUUCAAAACAAUGGAUUUCGAUUCAUGCAACCAACUUUAUGAAGACUUCCCUUCACUUAUGAUGACUCCGGAAUACAACAUUGAUGAGUUGGACGAAAUACUGCGUAGUACCGAUGCAAAUUUAUCAUCUGGCUUAGGUUAUACAUUUCCCACUCAACCAUCUUCUGUACCAACAACAUUUCCAUCACCUCCCGCUUCUUCAACAUCAAAUUGUUGUGAAAAUCUAAAAAGCGAUUGUGAUUCACCUUCUGACUUUAAUCCAGAUGAUUUUAUUAACUUUUUCUCCGACGAAGAUUCCGAUGGCAAAUCGACCAAAUAUGCAAAUAGAAACACUCCAUCGCCAACGAAUAGUUCCAGUUCGGGAACUUCUUCUGGCGAUUCGGUGCAAUCGAUGAUUGUUGACACUCCUCCCAUUUCCCCUCCCAGCAGUGUUUUCCAAUUGCCUGCUAAUAUCUUACCGAUUACAACUUGUCCCACUCCCAUAAACAUUUUACAGGGAACUCUAAUUCCCGUCAAAACUGUCCCCUUGACACCAGUUCAGGUUCAAAGUUCACGGACGCCAAUAAAAAUCAGUCCAAAACCUCCGACUAUGACAAAUACAACAAACACUUCAUCCAAACCGAAAACUAUUGUCUUGUCUAGUACAGAUUUUAAAGCAUUAAUGCAAAAGAUGCAAAAUGGCAAAGGAAAUAGUGUUUCCAUGCCCAAGAUUAUAUUGAAAACGGCGCCAUCGACGCCAAUUCAACAGAAACCAUCGGUUCUACCAAAAGCAGCAACCGCAAACACAAGUUCGACUGAAUUCGAACAAGCUACAAACAAGCCAAGACUUGGUCUCAAAGGUAUCAUUGAUGAGAGACAUUUGAAGAAGCAACAAAGAAUGAUUAAGAACAGAGAAUCUGCUUCUUUGUCGAGAAAAAAGAAAAAGGAUUAUGUCGUUUCCUUGGAAUCGCGGAUUAACGAUUUGGAAAAGGAAAAUACAACUCUCAAAGGUGAGAACACCACACUACGAUCUCAACUAAUUGCCUUUGCUCAAACUUGUCAGUGCAGCCAUCUCAAAAUAAGUGAAUUUAUCACAAAUAAGUUAAACAGCAACACCCUUGGAAACACCUGCCAUACAAAAUCCACAUUUAAAAGUCGUCUUAUGGCAUCAAAUAUGAAGAAAAACACAGCCGUACUCCUUGCAAUGGUUUUCAUGGUUUCCAUUAAUUUCGGAAGUUUUCACACAUAUUUUUCACAAGACGACAUCAUGCAGUCACCUCGAGUCGACUUUGAAGCUGCUUCGAUGUAUACUGGACGACGAGGUCUUUUAUGGUUUGACGACGAAACGGGUGGGAAUAUAACAAAACCGAUUGGUGGGCGUAUAAAGAUAUCAGAAAAUGAUACAAACUCAACGGAAAGUGAUGAUAAAUGUCCGGUCAGUAUAAAUCAAACUGAAAAUUUAAGACUAGCCGGUGAACUUAGAAAAUGGAUAGUUGUUAAUGAUUAUUUAAAUUUGAGUUCAGUUCAAGAGGAGCCUCGUAAGUUUAAGCUUACACCAGAAUUUUUGGAGUUAAAAAGCAUGUCCCAACCAAUUGCCAAGAGUGAAAAGCCUAAUUCUAAACGCAAUCGAAAGAAUUACUUCAAUCGUCAAUUGUUACGCAAUAAGAAAAUUCAAGAGCAUUCCAAAAAUUCGCUCAAAGUUUAUGGACCUCAAAUCGACGAUGAAUAUUUGAGACUAUUUCAAGAGAUCAAAAGACGCGAUGACACCUUCUAUGUACUAUCUUUCAAUUCUGACCAUAUUCUUCUCCCAGCUGCUGCUUAUAACAAAAGCACUCGACCAAAAAUGGCAUUGAUGUUACCUGCUGGUGAUCCCUCUAUCAGUGGGGAAAUAACCCUAAUGCAGAUAGAUUGUGAAGUUCUCAAUACAACAGAAGUUCAACUUAAAUCGAAUAUGAUUCCAAGUAACUUGAGACCCAAAUUCAACUUUCAUACACCAAAUCCACGUGACGUUCUAAACAAAACCGGAGGUGGACCUGAAAAACGUGCAGCACGUAAUGCAUAUGAUCGAACUAAUGGAAGCGAACCCAAACCAACUCCAUUUUAUCGUCCUUACUUCAUGGCCGCACCAGAAAAACCAACAAAACAUGAGAAAAAUGAUAGUGGCAAUGUUAAAAACCAUCAGGAUGCAGCAGAUGUUGAUUCCAUAGCCAACGUUAAAGGUACUCAGUUUAUCGGAUUUCAUGAGGAUUUUCUGCAUUAGCUAUAAAUAACCCAAUAUAGAUUUUAAGAACUAGCAAUAUUUUUCACUUACAAAUAUUUUAUUCAUAAUAAUAAGUCAAACGAACAAAAAGAGGCUCUAUGUUUGAGACAUGAGCUCUUUAAAUUAAAAAAAAAGCGCAGAGAACGUAAUUCUUGAUUUAAAAAGCGUUGAAUGAUUAGGAUGAAGAUAAAUGAUAAAAAUUUAGCACAGAAUAAGGAUUGCAUGAAUCCUAAUAAUUAUUACAAUAACAAAGUUGAUUUAUGAAAAGUGCUUUUUACGUUAAGAUACAAUUUCAGUAUUUUUUUUUUUACUGUUUUCAUCACCCCAUGUGCUGAAAGGUACUUUUUAAUUUUUUUGUGCAAUUAUUGAAAUAAAAUAUUGAUCUUAAUUUAAAAGCAUUUUUUAAAUUUAAAUUUAAUUACUUGCUUUCAAAAGUGACUU